AUGACAGAUCCCUUAUCCAUAGCAGCCAGUAUUGCAGGCCUAGCUGGCCUGGUGUUGAAUACUGUAUCUACGACAUAUGAGUAUGGCUCCAGUGUCAUAAAGGCAUCCAGGUCGCAGAACAGCUUUCUCAAGGAGCUGCAAGGCCUGGGCCACACGUUGCAACAACUCCACAGGACGGUUGCCGCUACCGAUGAGUCUUUCUUUGCAGGACCCACGAAACUUACAUCCCUAACCUUGUCCGAAGUCACGACGAUCAGGCAAAAACAAGAGAAGAUACAGAAAGACAAUCGAAAUCGACAGGUUAUCGAUUGGCUAUCGGCUAUUGCUGGCGACGAAAACCGCAAUAAGCAUGACGAAACGCUCAGGAGAAGAGUUGCAAAUACCGGGAACGGGUUUUUGGAAUCGCCCGAAUUUACGGAAGCCACUGGAGAGGACCCUCGGUUGCUUUUGUGUCAUGGGAUUCCUGGCGCGGGCAAAACAGUCUUCUCGGCCACGGUCAUUGAGCGCUUCUACUCGGCUCCAGAACGCCGCAAGGACACGAUUCUCUACUGGUACUUUGAUAUCCCAACUGGAUCUGCGCCACUUUGUUGA